AUGUCGAGGUUAACGACGCUGAAAUACCGCGAAACCUUUCGGAUCUCUGUGAAUGGCCGGGUUCUAGCUGCCUGUCCAUAUCCUGCCGGAUCUCAUCUCGGAAGUGCUUUUUGGACACUCCACUGUGGGAGUUUGUCAGCAGUGUAUUUGGUCGAUGGUACAAUGCGACGUGGGAGAUAUUUAGAUGGCGUGGAAGUGGACCGGCUUCGACCUUUGUGCAGAGGCUCAGCCCAGCGCUGGGACGUGCUCGUGACGGCGCCCGUGCCAUCCAUGGGCUUGCCUCUUCCACACGGAGCUCAUCACAAAGCCAAGCCAUCCACGUCCAAGGCCAUAUCAGUUGCCCGGACAGUGCGAGAGCAGUGCUUCUUGGAGGAGACUAUUACGGCGCUUCGAAAGGGUGGCAGCGUCCUAAUCCCGGCCGAUGUAGCCGGGUGGAUUUCCGAGGCCUUGCUUCUAUUUGAAGCAGCUUGGGGGCAAGAUCGACAGCUCAGCAGCUAUCCCAUUUGCUGGCUCUCUUCUGUUGGAGACAUGGUGCUGGACCAGGCAGCC